CCUUAAGCAACCCCACUGGACUUGACACAACUGCCCCUGAAACACGGGUCGAUACGGUAAGAUGGCAAAAGAUAAGAAAGGGAAAAGCGAGUCGAAAAAGGCCAAGCUGGCCGAGAAGAAGGCCAAGCAGGCCUCCAAGGGGGAGAAGAAGGCCAAGGUCAAGGCCGCCAAGAUUGACGGCAGCGAUGCCGAGGAUGUCGACCUGGAUGCCGUGCUUGAGGAGUACAAAAAGCAGCAGGAGCAGUUUUUGAAGAUCACCGAGACCGUGGUCGAUGCCCCUCCCCGUGCCCGGUCGGCGGCGACCUUUCUGGCCCACCCGUCCAACAGCAACCAGCUGCUGCUCUUUGGCGGCGAGUACUUUAACGGGUCACUGGCCACUUUCUUCAACGACCUCAUGAUCUACUACAUCGACCGUGACGAGUGGCGCUGCGUCACCUCUCCCAACGCCCCCCUUCCCCGUAGUGGCCAUGCCUGGACCCGGGGCGGUAACCAGAGCAACGCCGUCUACCUCUUCGGCGGCGAGUUCAGCUCGCCUAAGCAGGGCACCUUUUAUCACUACAACGACUUCUGGAAACUGGACCCGACCACGCGCGAAUGGACCCGGCUCGAGCCUAAGGGCAAGACCCCGCCCGCCCGGUCCGGCCAUCGCAUGACCUACUUCAAGCAAUAUAUCAUCCUCUUCGGAGGCUUCCAAGACACGGCGAACCAAACCAAAUACCUGGCAGACCUCUGGAUAUACGAUACAACCAACUUUGUCUGGCACAGCCCAACCCUCCCGCCGGCGCAACUCAAACCCGAGCCGCGCUCCUCCUUCACGCUCCUCCCGCACGACCAAGGCGCCGUCCUCUACGGCGGCUACUCGCGCGUCAAAGCCACCGCUCCGACUAACAAACAACAACAACAAUCCACCCGCGGCGGCUCCGGCUCCGGCUCCGGCUCACAGCGAAACGUCCUCCGGCCCAUGGUCCACACAGACUGCUUCUUCCUGCGCAUCACGCCCCCGCCCGCCGAAGCACCGCCCGGAACCCCGCCUACGGUCCGGUGGGAGAAGCGCAAGAAGCCCGCCAACGCGCCCAACCCGGUGCGUGCCGGCGCGACCAUGGCCUUCCACAAGGGACGCGGGAUCCUGUUUGGCGGAGUGCAUGAUGUGGAGCAGAGCGAGGAGGGGAUUGACAGCGAGUUUUUCAACGGGUUGUUUGCGUGGAAUGUGGAGCGGAACCGGUUCUUUCCGCUGGCGUUGAGGAAGGCGAGGGGCGGAAAGGCUGGUGGUGGUGGUGGUGGUGGAGGGGGAAAUGAAAGGGUUGGCGGUGGCCGGAGGGGUAGGGCCAAGGAGAAUGAGGAGGAGUUGUUGAGGCAGUUGGCUGCGCUUAGGGCAGGGGCUGGGGUGGAAGACGAUGAAGGGGAUGCAGUCAAUUGGAUGGAGGUUGAGGGGAGGAGACGAGAAGAGGAAGAGGAAGAGAAGAGGGCCGUCAGGGAGAUGCCGGUUAGGAUGGAGUUCCCCCAUCCCAGGUUUAAUGCGCUCCUUGCGGUGCAGGACGAUGUGCUGUACAUCUAUGGCGGCACGUUUGAAAAGGGGGAUCGCGAGUUUACGUUUGACGAUAUGUAUGCCAUCGAUCUGGGGAAGAUGGACGGUUGCAAGGAGAUCUUCAGCCGGCCGGUGGAGGAUUGGAUUGUAUCCGACGACGAAGACGAGGAGGAUGAGGAUGAGUAUGAGUAUGACGAGGAUGAGGAGGAUGAGGAAGGUGACAUUGAGAUGGCGGACGAGGCGCCCAAGGAGCACCUGUUCACGCCGAGCAAGCGGAAGAAGAAGCAGGCGGCUGACGAGGUCUCGAACGCGGAUACUGCCUCUACUGCGCCGUCUACCGCCUCAUCAGAGGAGGAAGAGGAGACCGAGUCGGCAGCUACGACGGUGGAUGACGGACUGCCGCACCCAAGGCCCUUUGAGUCCCGCCGCGAUUUCUUCCAACGCACGUCCAACGAGUGGCAGGAGAUUCUCAUGACGAGCCUUCGGUGGAAGGGCAUCCAGCCCGAGACGCUUAGCAUCAAGGAGAUCAAGGCCAAAGCGUUUGAGCUCAGCGAGGAGAAGUGGUGGGACUGCCGUGAGGAAAUUACGCUGCUCGAGGAGGAGCAGGAGGCGGCGGGCAUUGGCGAGGUUGUGUCGCUUGCAGAUAGGGGCGAGUCGGGUCAUGGCGCCGGAGGUGGUGCUCGGAGGAGGUAGAGCGUUGGGAUGGCUUGGAAGGAUACGUGGUUGCCCCGGUUCUGCACUGUCACACUCAUCUGUUCAGGCUUAGGCAGACAGCAAGUGUUCAGAUGAAAGCCAUACUCUGGAGCACUAGCCAGUAGUAUAUGUAGAAGUCCAAAUCUCCCAACUCCAAUGACCACCGUAAAAUGGCCUAACGGUCAGGUAGCGGUGGUUACCGAGCACGGCUUGUGGUCAGCCUCUCGGCUACAACUGAGAAGUCACCAGUUCGACUCCAAGCCCUGCCGGCAUUCGGACCGCGAAAUAAACCCCCACGAGAAUUUCGUAGCUGGCUAUCUCUUUCC